CACGUGAGGAAAAAUCAAAGCCUAGAGACGAGAGUGCUCUCUCUCUUCCACUCAUUGUUGUGUUGUACUGCUGUGCUGCUUCUUCUUCUUCUCCUUCUUCUCCUUUCUAUUCUUGUUAAUUGAGAGGCUGUGCUACGUUGGAGAGUGCCCCAUUCAAGAUGGUGUCAACCUCUGGGAAGUCCCUUGGCUUACCCUCUCCUAUGAAAGUGGUUAUCUUCGUGUCCCUCGCCCUCGUCGCCGCACGCGGGGAGCUCGCCGCCUCCGCGCAAGUCAACCGCAGCGUGGCAUCCUUGCCGGCGGUGAUCGUGUUCGGCGACUCGAUCAUCGAUCCCGGGAACAACAACGGCAUAAACACGAUAGUCAAGUGCAACUUCCCGCCGUACGGGAGGGAUUUCGCGGGAACGAAGCCGACCGGAAGGUUUUGCAACGGGAGAAUCCCCUCGGACAUGCUCGUCCAAGCAUUUGGAAUUAAAGAGUACUUGCCGGCUUAUUUGGACCCGAGUCUCAAAUUAGAAGACCUCCUCACCGGCGUAAGCUUCGCUUCCGGCGGAUCCGGUUUUGAUCCUCUCACCUCAAAAAUCGCCUCGGUCUUGUCGCUAUCGGAUCAACUAGACCUGUUUAAGGAGUACGUGAAAAAGAUUAAAUCAGGCGCUGGAGAAAAGAAGGCAUCAAACAUCGUCACGAAGAGCCUCUAUUUAGUGGUGUGCGGGAGCGACGAUAUUGCAAACACAUACUACUCGACUCCAUUCAGGAGAGGGGAAUAUGACAUACCGGCCUACACCGAUCUUAUGGUUAAUUCAGCUUCAAGCUUCUUUCAGGAGCUCUAUGGAUUAGGAGCAAGAAAAAUUGGAGUUCUGAGUCUACCACCGAUUGGAUGUGUGCCCUCACAGAGAACCCUUGAUGGAGGAUUAGGAAGAGCCUGUUCAGAGCCUGCCAAUCAAGCAGCAACCCUCUUCAACUCCAAGCUCUCCUCAGAAAUAGACUCCCUCAACCAGAAGCUCCCUGGCGCUAAUCUAAUCUAUAUAGACAUCUACUCUUCAUUGCUCUCUAUCAUCCAAAACCCAAAGCAGCACGGAUUUGAAGUGGCGAACAGAGGGUGCUGUGGUACCGGGAACAUAGAAGUGAGCGUACUGUGUAACGACCUGGACGAUAUCCAGACAUGCCAAGAUGACACAAAGUACGUCUUCUGGGACAGUUACCAUCCAACUGAGAAGGCCUAUAAGAUCCUGACGGAUCAAAUGAUCAGCAAGUAUGGUGACAAGCUUAAUUGAAACUGGUCGGUGUUAUUAGUUGUUUACGGGUGAAUUGGAAUAGUAAGUACGCCUCGAAGUUUCCAUAAGGCCCCCUGCUUCGCAUUAUAGAUUGUAACGGUGGCAGUUGAAAAUUG